UUUUGAGUCGUUUUUUAACCGACCGGCUAGCAUCCACACUGCCGCCCACGUAAGAAACAAAAGUUUCUAAUUUUUUUUUUUAAAUGCCGAAAAAGAAAACGGGACAGCGAAAGAAGGCCGAGAAGCAGAAACUGCGGCUCAAGGAGAUUCGCAGCAGGGAGACGCCCUUGGCGGACGUCCCGUGCAAUGCGCCGAUGGAGUGCGACAAGUGCGAGAAGAAGCAAAAGUCUCGGGCCUUCUGCUACUUCUGCCAGAGCCUCCAAAGACUGCCCAUUUGCGCCCAGUGCGGCAAGAUCAAGUGUAUGCUGAAGACGGGGGACUGCGUGGUGAAGCACCCGGGGGUCUACACCACAGGACUGGGCAUGGUGGGCGCCAUCUGCGACUUCUGCGAGGCGUGGGUGUGCCACGGGCGCAAAUGCCUCCAAAACCACGCCUGCACGUGUCCGCUGCAGAAUGCAACCUGCUUGGAAUGCGAGCGCGGCGUCUGGGAGCACGGCGGCCGCAUCUUUAAGUGCUCCUUCUGCAACGGUUUCCUGUGCGAGGACGACCAGUUCGAACACCAGGCCAGCUGUCAGGUUCUGGAGUCGGAGAACUACAAGUGCCAGUCGUGCAACAAACUGGGCCAGUACUCGUGCCUGCGCUGUAAGACCUGCUACUGCGAGGAUCAUGUGCGUCGCAAGGGCUUUAAGUACGACAAGAACAAGCCCAUUCCGUGUCCCAAGUGCAACUACGACACCUCGGUGACCAAGGACCUCAGCAUGUCCACGCGGUCGCACAAGUUUGGCCGCCAGCAACAGGGAGGCAACAGUGACGACGAGGAUGGCUACGGCGGCUACUUUGGAGCCAGUGGCAGUGGAGGUGGGUAUUACGGUGGUGCAACCAGUGGUAGUUACUCCUAUGGCGAUGAUGAUGAUGAGGACGAUGAGUCCGAUGGAGAUUACGAGGAUGAGAGCGAUGAGGAGGAUGAUGAUGAGGACGACGAUGAAACCACGGAAAGCGAACCGGAGAAGGAAACCGAUAAAAAGGCCACUAAGUAAGGUGGCACUGUGUUUAUCUGGCCUUUUGUUAGAACAUUAAGUGAAUCAGUUCUCGGCUGUGCACUCGUUGCUUACAAUGUAAUAGUGAAAUAAAUUCUUUGUCAGAUUGUA